CAUCUGAUGAACAUUAAACAUUUACUCUCAUAUGAGUUACUUGGCUUUUAGCCGUAAGUCCCAUCGAUAGAAGCCUAGAAUUCGAAGAUAAUGAAAACGGUAGUCAUACUUUUGUUCACAGUGAUUGCAACCACGAAGACGUUAGAUUUGCCCAGUAAUUUCAAACUUUGCAAGAAGUCAGACCCGAAAACAUUAGAAUGCCUCCCGGAUGCCAUCAGAGAUGCAAUUAUUUCAAUGGCAGACGGCUUGAAGAGCUUCAAAAUUUUGCCUCUUGAACCACUGGCAGUCAACAGCGUGAAAAUUGGAGAAUCUCAAGGUUCCGUGUCGCUCAAACAAGAAUAUCGGAAUGUCAAGGUGCAUGGACUAACGAAGGGAUUGCACCUUUCUAGUGAUCAGAUAGACUGGGAUAAUUUAAUAUUCAAAUUAGAAAGUUUCAAUCCCCAAGUGGAUUUUAUUGCCGACUACAAACUUGAAGGCAGGAUUUUGCUACUGUCAGUACAAGGAGAGGGUAAAUGCAAUCUAAUUCUGUAUAACGUAACGACAAAACACGACGUACGUUUUAAGAAGUUCCAAAAGGAUGGGGAAACCUAUUUGCGAGCGGUUAAUUUCUUUAUCAAGCUUAUUCCCGAACACGUAACAUUACACUUUGAUAAUCUCUUCAAUGAAAAUAUCUUCUUAGGUGAGGAAAUGGAUAGAUUCAUAAAUACGAAUAGCGAUCUGCUCUUCAAGGAUUUUCAAGCUUCUUUUGAAGAAACCUUUAGUUUAGUUUUCAUUAAAAUUACUAAUGAUAUUUUCAGCCGCGUGCCAAUGAACAAGAUUUUUCUAUAGAUCAAUUAUCAUGUUUUAUUAUAAAAUUUUAAAUUAUUAUUUCUUCUUUAAUUACAUAAUUUUAUAAAAUACUUGUUAUAUAAAAAUAUUUAAUAUAAAAAUGUAUAUACUGUUAAUUUGUACAUAAAAAUUUUAAACCAAUUUUAAA